AUGAAAUUCAUUCGCAAGAAGCCUUCCGUUUCUUACUACUCUGUUGAUGUUUCUUGGUGCUUAUUAGAUGUUACUAAACCAGCGUCGCUGGUUGCUUGCUGCGCAACAAGGCAAGGAUCGUUAAUCGUUCAAAAUUAUCUGAAAAGGUUCGGCAAUUGUAGCUAUAUCUUGGAACAAGUAUCUUUGAGUUUUUGCGACAUGAUGAAAGAUCCUUAUGCGAACCAUGUUUGCCAAUGUUUGAUAACUCUUUGUAACGAAUCUCAACGAGAUUUUAUACUUAGUUUGAUUGGCCAUAAAGUACCUCAGCUUGCGCGAGAUGCGCACGGAAAUUAUGUAUUGCAAUGCUUAAUAAAAAAUAUUACGACCAAGAGUCAGGCAAUCCGUCUUAUUUCUUAUCUUGCAAAAGACGUCAAAAGCCUUAUUAUGGAUAGCUAUGGCAAUUUUGUUCUUCAGAAGACUAUUGAAUUUUGGCCAACUGAAUUAACACAAUUCAUAUAUCAUGGAGUUUGCGAAAACAUUCUUGAUGUUGCUUGCGAUUCUCAUGGCUGCUUUGUCGUAAAGAAAUGUUUUGAAUACGGCACCUAUCUCCAAAAAAGCCUUGUGCAAUCGGCGAUUGUGGCAAAUACUUUAAUUUUAAGCCAGAACUUCACCGGUCGCAUCAUUUUACAAUACGUUCUUAAUGUUGGAGAACCUCUUUAUUUCGAAGCAAUUAAAAAACAAUUACAAGGAACGCG